AUGUCAAAGAAUAAGCCACGCGCCAAAUCGACGUACAAAGAACCCGCACCGAACCAAAAGGGUCUCGAGAAGUUUCUCGGCAUCUCAGCGCCGGCUCGACAGCAGAGAUUGAGCUUCGGCUCGUCCGCUUUAACCGCGACGUCGACCUCUGACGCUAUGAGCGAGGAAGGUGGUCUGAUAACAUCUCAAGGUGCAUCGAAGGAAGACGAGCAUGUCAAGAUGCAGGUUGAUGAAGAGGAGGACGCUGUCGUGAAAGGUGCGGUCCAGCUUGUGAUGCUGAAAGUCGGUGGCCCAGGAUUGACAUCACGUCCAUUACCUUGACAGGCCCCGCCAAGAAGCGCCGAGCCGUAAUCGCGGACUCAUCUGAUGUUGAAGAAGAAGCAGAAGAAUCAAAAGUCGUCGGAAAGGAGCAAAAGGUCGGCAAGUCGCCGAGCAUCAAGGAGUCGAGCCCGAAGAAGAUUAAGAUUGAGCCCAGUCAGUCCUCGAAUCAAAGUCAGUAUGACGGUACACUCGACUCCGUUCGGUUUUUUGUUCUCAUCCUUUGUUUUCUACUUGCUUUUCAGACGCUGCGUCGACCUCCCAAGCUGCAAGUGCUGCAUCGAGCUCCGGGCCCGCCCCGGCGGCUUCGGCUUCGACUUCGAGAAUCUCAUCCAAGGCGGCCAAGUCUGUGACCAAAACCGCAGACACCAAGCCUCCCGUUUUUUCCUUUUUUGCACCUCGUAAACCAGCGCCGCCCAAAGCAGCGCCAGUCGCAAGUACGAGUCAGAAGAAAGUCGAAUCUGAGAAAGAACCCGCAUCGUCGGCGCCGCCGAAGGUUGAUGCCGAGCGUAACGAGGCUGACGAUGACGAUGGAGAGGACGAGAGCGAAGAGGAUACUGAAGCGGCUGUAAAGUUGUAAGUUGUGGCCGUCAUCUGUCUCGCCGUAUAAUGUCGGAAUUAACUGUGGUGCAUCAACGAACAGCGCCGAAAUCUUCGCCCGCAACGACGACGUCACUUCGACAAAAAAGGGCUGGGAGGCAGGCAAGGAGUGAGUGCGGUAGCCCUAAACAAGGUCGAACGUACAUCUCAGCUGAUACUGGUCUCCACCUAGUUUUCCGUACUCGGCUCUGGCCGAGACGUUCGAGCUCAUCGCGGAAACGACCAAACGCCUCGAGAUUACGGCCAUGCUCACCAAAUUCUUGAUCAGCGUCAUCGAAAAGACCCCUUCCGAUCUGCUCAGGACCGUGUACCUAUGCAUUAAUAGGGUAUGUCUACCACCCAUAUGAUUGACUUCGCCCACUCGAUUGCUGAUCACGUGUCCCCCUCACAGCUGGCUCCGGACUACGAAUCGAUCGAACUCGGCAUUGGAGAGUCGCUGCUCAUGAAAGCGAUCUGCCAGAGCACCGGUCGCAAGAUGGACCAGAUCAAAUCCGAAUUUAAGGCCCAAGGCGACCUUGGACUCGUUGCCAUGACUUCUCGAGCCAAGCAAUUGAUGCUGCAUAAGCCUCCACCGCUGACGAUCAAAAAAGUGUUUGAUCUGCUCAAAAACGUGGCGACUGCUUCGGGCAAGGAUGUGAGUCGCCAAUUGCUUCUUCAGUGCCUGCCAUUGCUGACUCUGCACCGAGCUCGUUGCUCCAGUCUCAAUCUCGCAAGAUCGGUUUCAUCCAAAAACUGCUCUUGGCGUGCGAAGGAACCGAAACAAAGUACAUCAUCCGAAGUUUGGAAGGCAAGCUUCGAAUCGGCUUGGCCGAGAGGACCGUGAGUGACCUUCCGCCUCAACAUAUUGCCCUGAGCCACAUCUCAUCGUAGCGGUAACGCUCGCAGAUCAUCACUUCGUUGGCACAAGCCGUCGUCACCACCGAAGCGAGGAAGGAAGGGCGCAAGCUCUCGCCCGAAAAGAUGGCCCAGCGACUCGAAGAAGGUACCUCCAUUCUGAAGGACGUCUUUUCGCAACUUCCUUCGUAUGAUCUAGUCAUCCCGGCGCUGAUCGAACACGGAAUCAGCAACCUCAAGACAAAUUGCCACCUCACCCCCGGUACGACCUGCUCGCUGCUUCUGUUUUCCCUCGAUCUUUCAGCUGAUUCUCCCCAUGAUCCAUCGAGCAGGUGUCCCUCUGAAGCCCAUGUUGGCGAAACCGACGAAAGCCAUCUCCGAGGUGCUCGAUCGUUUCGAAGACAAGCUCUUCACCUGCGAAUACAAAUACGAUGGCGAGCGCGCCCAGGUGCACUACCUCGAGGACGGCUCGAUCAAGAUCUUCAGUCGCAACUCGGAAGACAUGUCGCAAAAGUACCCCGACAUCAUCGAGCAAUUGCCGGCUUGCAUCAAUAGAGAGGCGGGGACGACUUCGUUCGUCAUCGACUGCGAGGCCGUCGCUUGGGAUCCGGACGAGAAGAAGUUGUUGCCUUUUCAGGAGUUGAGUCGUCGUCGACGCAAGGAUGUCAAAGCGGAGGAGAUUACGGUAAAGGUUCACCUGUUUGCUUUCGACUUGUUGUAUCUGAAUGGCAAGGUGAGUGCGAACCCCUACUUUGGAGCAUUUCCCCGUUGGAGGUGUGAGACUGACCCGCUUGCUUGUUGCGCCUGAAGGCCCUCUUGGGCGAAAACCUGAUCGACCGUCGUCGACUGCUGCGCGCGCACCUCUCGCCCGUCCCGGAGCAAUUCGAUUUCGCCACCUCCAAGGAUGCGACGACCGUGGAACAGAUUCAAGAGUUCCUCGAUCUGAGUAUUAAGGGAGGGUGUGAGGGUCUGAUGGUCAAGAUGCUUGAAGGUGAAGGCGCGACGUAUGAGCCGAGUCGUCGUUCCAUUAAUUGGUUGAAGGUAUGUCUCGAUCACAGGGGAAUCUAGGUACAGAGUAAUGUCAGAGACUCACUGGCACGUUACCUACUUUCUUACAGCUCAAGAAGGACUACCUCGACGGCCACGGUGACACCUUCGAUCUCGUCGUCGUCGGAGCCGAUUUCGGCUCCGGCAAACGUACCGGAGUUUACGGAGCCUUGCAUCUCGCCUGUUUCGAUGACGAGACACAAACGUUCCAAGCGAUCUGUAAGACGGGAACUGGGUUCGAGGAGAAGGAUCUCGUUAGUCUUCAUGCGAGGUUGACAAGGAAGACGGAGCAUGGAGACGAGGGGGAUGAAGGGGAGGGGGAAUUGUCGUCGAAGCCGCAUGAUGUCGACUUUGGGAGAGUCGUGCCCAAGAGUUUGCCAGGUGAGUCGUUGGACGGCAGGACUCAGUUACUUCCGUUUACGAACAUGGUCUGACUCUCUUUGCCGCUUUUCCACGUACACCCAGAUGUUUAUUUCACCCCCUCAAAAUCCAUCGUCAUCGAAGUCAUCGCUGCCGAUCUCAGUCUCAGCCCCGUCUACCCCGCCGCAGUGGGCAAGUGUGAUUCGCGUGGGAUCUCUCUACGUUUCCCUCGCUUCGAACGCGUUCGAGACGAUAAGGGUCCUGAACAGGCAACGGACUCGGAUCAGAUUGCUGAGGCAUAUCGCCGGCAAGCGAUCAUAACCAAACCGGGAAAAUAUGGUGGUGGGGGCGACGACGGUGGUUUCUACUGA